GGAGCGCGGGCGGCGAUGGCGGCGGGCACGGAGGGGGUGCGCGGGCUCCUGGCGCUGCUGGUGCUCGGCGUGCUGGCGGCGGGCGGACAGGGCACAACUGGUUUUAUAAAGUCACCGCUGUCUCAAAAGAGACUGACUCAGGACAGCGUCGAGUUGUACUGCGAGGCGAUUGGCAAUCCCAUCCCUGAGAUCCAGUGGUGGUUUGAGGGGAACGAGCCAAACGAGACCUAUGCUCAGCUUUGGGAUGGUGCACGGCAGGACCGUGUCAAAAUCAACGCCACCUACAACCUGCACUCCACCAGCACCAUCUACAUCGCCAACCUCACGGGCGACGACUCGGGCACGUACGAGUGCCGGGCCAGCAACGACCCUGACCGCAACCACUUGUCGAAGAGCCCCAAAGUCAAGUGGAUCCGUUCACAGGCUAACGUUUUUGUCAUCGAACGUCCAGACAUCCAAACGCAGUUCACAAGCACUCAUGGCAAGUUGGUCCUCAGCUGCAACCUGACUGAGCCUCACUCUGCCAUCGAUGGUCAUGAAUGGAAGUAUGGAGACAAGAUACUUCAAACAGACACGGAGUCGAGCAGUGUCACCACUUACGAGAUCGAGGGGAAGAAGGAAGAGCACUCUGGUAUCUAUCAGUGCAUCUUCAAAACAAGCCCAGAGAUAAAAGGAGAAAUAAAUAUAUCAGUUGUGCCCCAAGUGGUGGCUUACAAGAAGUCUGAGCAUGGGAAUGAGGGGGACACGGGGGUGCUGACCUGCAAGAAUCCCUCUUUUCCUCCUGUCAGCUCUUGGACCUGGUCCAGAAAUGGCGAGCAGUCCAUCAUCAAUGGAUCUGGCCGAUACAUCAUCAAGUCCAGCGGCAACAAGACAGAGUUACGCAUUCUUAAGCUGAACAUCGAGGAGGAUACGGGUGACUACCAGUGCAUUGCCAUCAACGUAUUUGGCACGGGUGAAGCCACGGUGAACCUGCGCGUACGCAGCCGUCUGGCAGCGCUCUGGCCCUUCCUGGGCAUAGUGGCAGAAGUCCUGGUCCUUGUCACCAUCAUCUUUAUCUACGAGAAGAGGAGGAAGCCAGAUGAAGUUCUUGAUGAUGAUGAUGGAGGUUCUGCACCACUGAAAAGCAAUGCCACAAACCACAAGGACAAGAAUGUCCGCCAGAGAAAUGCUAACUAAGCAGGGGCCAGGUGAUAUGUAGCUGAAGAACUCGUCUGGACAUUUUUUUUCUUUUCUUUGGUAAAAUAGCACCAUGAAAUAUUCUAGUGUGUCCUUGCGAUUGAGUUACUUCACUUUCUAAAGGAACUUAAGUUGUAGAAACUAAAAUACACAUGUUGUUUUUUUAAAAAAAGAGUUGUGGGAGGGUUUUUUCUACCUGUAAGUGUAAAUCCCUUCUUUCUGGUAGUCUUGGUCACUGGCUGUCUGUCCUAGGUCUCUUCAUGUUGGAGCAGAGCGGGUGGGUGGGAGUACAACUUCUCUUCCUCUCCUCUUGAAGAGCAGCGUGUGCUGGGGGGGCUGUGCUGAGAUGCCCUCCUCGCCCCACCUCAGUGUUGGAGGCCACACGAGGAGCUGCGGAGAGCUGACCUGAGCGUGGCAGCAAAAUGCACAGUUCCUUGAGGGCUGCUCCACCAGACAUGGCUGGCCUGGGUUCCCAGCACAGUGUCGUGUCCUGCACGUGCGGGAUGGGAGGAAACUGCUGUAGCAGCCUUCUGGAGGUGACCCCAUCCCUCAGAGCAUCUUAGGAGAUCCCCCCCUACCCCCUGGCUCCUCCAGGGAUGCUCUUGGUGGUCACACACAGAAACAGACAACCAGGAGGCAGUGUUAGAGCUGGACACUGGCUGGACAUGAUUUGUGUUAACUUAUUUAAUGGGUUGUUAGUAUUGCUUCUCAAGUGGCUACGCUGGGGCUGGGGGCAAAGUGUGGGGUGGACGCUGGGGGUGCGGUGUGGUGGGGGGUGGUGUGACAGCAUGUGUUCUUGUGCUUGGGCCAUCUUGGUGUUUGUGCAACAUAGGAGCCUGAGAGCAGACGAAUGCUCAGUGGUGUCUAAUACCUUUAUUGCUGAGUAGCGUUGAGCUGUUCCAUCUGUUAACAUACUUCACAAAUAAAGAUAAUUCCUCUCUCUCUUUUUUCCA